AUGAAUAGUUUAGACCCAUGCACAGAAGAAGAAAUUAUAAACAAACUUGAUUCAAACAGUAGUCUUGGUCUGGAUGGUAUUAGUACAAAAGUUAUCAAGUGUGUGAAGGACUUAAUAAUAAAUUUAUUAACGAAAAACAUUAACAAACUUUUACAAAACGGAUCAUUUCCAGACUCACUUAAAAUAGCCAAAGUAACACCUAUUUACAAAUCGGGACCAAAAACACCAAUUCCGUACCGACCAAUUUCCUGUAGUGUUAAUAAAUUUCAAUCAUUGACCUCUUUCAGAUCAAUAUUACGGAAGGGCAUUUCUGCGACUGACGAAUAUCUCGAGUCAUUGCCGCCUAUAAUUUUACAAGAUGGGCUUAAGAAGAAGUUGUAG